AUGGCGGGCUAUCAGUCCGGAACUGCAACGCCUGCGGGCUCUGCAGGCUCUGCCGUCGUCUUCGUAGUGCGAUGUUCCCAGACGAGGCCGGGAGAGGCGGUCUUUGUGGUGGGCGGCCAUGAGGCGCUUGGUGCAUGGAAGACAGCCAUGGCCUUGCCAAUGACCACCUCCGCAGACACCUUCCCCAACUGGCAGUCUGACCCAGUGCCCUUGCCUGCAGGCUACAAUGUCGAGUACAAGUUCCUGGUGCAGAAGGAAAACCGGGAGGGGCCGGCUCAGUGGCAAAACUUCCAGGGCAAUUACCGCGUUACGCCCGUGACCGGUGAGGUCUUGAAAGCUGCCUCUGAUUGGGAGAAGGCCUCAGCAGAGGUUUCCUCUUUGGGCCCAUUUCUACCAAAGAAAGUAGAAAGAGCAUUCUCAAAAGAGCUUGACAAGGAGGACAAGGACUCUGGCAAGGCCCGAGCAAAGCAAGAGAAGGAAGAGAUCCUCUUGAAAAUGGCCGAGAAUGCCGUCGACAAGGCUGCUGCCGAGGUCACUUCCACUUGCCCACUGGCGGUGACUCUGGAAAAUCGAGAGAUGAGAAGGAGGAACUUUUCACAGAGCUUGCUUGCGCUGGAUGUGGUCACGGAGACAGAGGCAAAGGAGAGCCUGGAAGCCAAAGAGCCAAAAGAGCCAAAAGAGCCGAAGGAGGCACUGGAGCCGACGGAGCCGAAGGAGCUGCCGGAGCCGACGGAGCCGACGGAGCCGAAGAAAGAAGAAGAGCCGGAAGAACCAAAAGAGUCGGAGGAGUUGAGAGACUCUUUGAAAGACCAAAGCGAGAGCCCUGAUGUGCCGGAGUUGCAGACCGAGGCCCCACAAGAGGUGCCACAAGCAGGAGAGCCCGACGUGACAGUCUGUCAGACGCCUGAGGAGGAGGAACCAACAGAAGAGCCUCUCCGUGUGCCAGAAGAGCCGGCUCGCGGUGUUACGCUGAAGCACAUCACGAGCUUCUCGGCACUCUCGACAAUGGCUGACCCAGAAACCAAGGCCGAGCAUCGCAAGGGGAAGAAGACUGCGCAGUCACAUUAUGACCCGUACAAUCUGAACGUCCCCGUGGUUGUCGUGACCAGCGAAGUCGCCCCCUACUCGAAGACUGGAGGUCUUGGCAUGGUGGCCGCAUCCUACGCUUUUGAGUUCGCCAGGAACGGCCACCGGACCAUGGUGGUGUCGCCAAAGUACAAGCACUUUGAUGGGAUCUCGUAUGUCGGCGAGACACGAGUCAGGGUGAAUGACAUGGAGGAGAAUGUCAAGUACUGGCACCUACGAAAAGAUUACGAGGAGGGCAAGGGGACUGACUUCCUCUUCAUUGAGGGAUCCGGUAUUCAAAGAGAAGGUGGCCUCUAUAAUGACAAUGAUGGCCGCGAGUAUCCAGAUAACCUCCACCGCUUCACAUUGCUGUGCCUUGCAGCAAUGGAGGCUCCCCUGAUCCUUGACAUCAACCGACAAGGCAAGUACGGUGACAAGGUGAUUUUCCUUGCCAAUGACUGGCAAGCGGGGCUGGUCCCUGUCUACAUGUGCUACAAGUACAGGAGGCACAACUGCUACCCACAGGCGAGAUGCAUUUAUGUCAUACACAACAUGGGCUACCAGGGUCAGUACCACGGUCACGACAUCAGCAGGUUCUUCGGUAUCGACGACAAGGCUGCUGGGGACCUGAUGCUUGGCAACUGCAUCAACUUGUCCAAAGGCGCCUUGAUCUGUGCGGACCGCGUGCUAACAGUUUCGCCCAACUACUCAAAAGAGAUCCAGACACCACAGGGCGGCUUCAACCUGCAGGACUUCGUGUCAGCGAAAGCGGCAUCAUUGCGCCUGGCUGGGAUUCUGAACGGCAUUGAUGACUGUUGGGAUCCUGCCGUUGAUUCUGACAUCUUUGUCAACUACAGCGUGGAGGACUUCGAGCAGGGCAAGCAAGAUAACAAAGUGCAGUUGCAGCGUACGUUAGGCCUGGAGGAGAACCCUGAGUUGUGCUUGAUCGGCUUUGUCGGGCGUCUGACAUGGCAGAAGGGCGUGGACGUGCUGGCCUCCAUGAUCUCCUGGCUGAUGCAGGACACAGGCAACGGGGUCACAGGCCACGUGCAGCUGAUCAUGAUGGGCAACGGUGACCGGCAAUAUUCCGACACGCUGAGAUGGGCUGAAUCUGAACACCGGGGCCGUGUUUGUGGAUACGUGGGCUUUGACCCCAAGGUGGAGCACCAGAUGAUGGCCGGUUGCGAUUUGCUGCUGAUGCCUUCCCGCUACGAGCCCUGUGGGCUGCCACAGAUGUACUCACAAAUGUACGGCACGCUGCCUAUCGUCCAUGCCACCGGGGGCCUGGUCGACUCCGUCAAGGAUAUUUCGGAGGGCAUUGAGGUCGCGACAGGCUUUCAUGUAAGCCCGUUGAGCUCUGACAAGCUCAAGGAGACGGUCUUCAAGGCUGUCGAGUUGAACCUCAAACGCCCAGAAGACUUUUGUCGAAUGCAACGAACGGCCAUGCAGAGUGAUUACUACUGGCCAAAAGCAAUGGAUGAGUACGAGCGCCAAAUCGACAUUGUACUCUACGAGUGUGCGACAGUCCGAUGA